AUGGCUUGUUCAUUUGUUGAGUCGUUCUUUAUCGGCUGGGCUGUUGGGAUCUGCACGAUUUCCCUCGUCGUCGCAAUCAUCGUCCUAGCUCUGAAAGGGACUGUACGUGGAGCCUCUUUCUUCUCUUGGCUAAGCAAUAAUCGCAACCCUGAUGUUGCUGAAACCUCUACCAAACAAAAGGCUGCAGCUACGAAUGUUCCUACUCCUCAGCAAGUCCCAGAGACCCAGGUUAUCCGCAGUCAGAUGAAUCCAAAUCCUAUCACGGAGUCACACAGGGAGUUGGCUCACCGUGUUAUACCUGUCUGGGGGCCCGAAGAAAUCGAGGAGAAUGUUGGGUUCGAGUGCCUGAUCGAAGGCUUUUGCGAUAAUCUUAUUUAUGGCCACGGAAAUGUCCAUACCACGUCAGUGCCAACCAUCGAGAGGUCCUCUUUCAAUGACGAUGAACUUGCCCGCCUUGCCGGGAACCCUCCCGAAGGUGACACGUGGUCAGAGUUGAUAUGCGAUCGAGACACUCGAUACUACGCCAUAUGGAACUUCCUCAUCCGACUGCUGUACAGACGAAUGAAUCCAGACUGCAAUGUUGAAGACUGUCUGUUGCCGCCUGAGGUCUCGACAUGUUUUCAGUUCAUCCCUCAUCGGCAAUUCGAGCACAGUAAGUUCGAUAUUCAUAUCGCUGCUGCGGUGGACUCUACUGACAUAAUCUCAGGGGAGGACUGUAUCUCGGUCUGGAGAGAGAUUCUGUUCAUGAUGCUCAUGUGUCGGUACAAAAUGGUAUACAUACCCGCGACCAGUCUCGAUAAGGAUGACCCGCGGCGAGAGAGGAUUGGUUCUAUGGCUUCUGAAGUCGCUGAAGUCCUGAAUGUGGAGCUCCUCGAUGCUCGUGGCCGUUCAGGUGCUGAUUUAAAAAGGAAUUUGAGCGGCAUAUUCGGCAAGGCAGCCAACUGUGCUCUAAUCUUCUUCGGGCAACCCUCUGUGUGGGAAGCCGACUGGGAUUCGGACCCAGGUCGUCUCGUUGCUCCUAGGAUCAGGUUCAUGUGGAAUGGCCAGGUCAAAUGGACCAGGCCUCCUACCGUGUACAACGGCCCCCCGGGGGCUCGCAUCGUGGAGCGUGAGAUUUUGCCACGUCCUAAGCCAAACUAA